AUGCCCGGACCAGCCUGCUUCUGUCAUUUCAAUGUGUUGUGUAUGGAGUUGGGAAUAAAAAGACACUAUUUUUGCCUGUGGUUAUCUUUCCUUAGGGAGCAGGCCCAGCUAAAGGCAAAUGUGAUUGAGGAGGACACUGAGGAAUGGCAGAAAGAUUCCACCUUUGCAGGGCUGGAGAGAGUGGGAGGGGUGGACCUGUCUUAUGUCAAAGGAAACGACACAAUCGCCUGCGCGUCCCUGGUGGUUCUCAGCUACCCAGAUCUUGAGGUGCUAUAUGAGGAUUGCCAGAUGGUAACCGUGAGUGCCCCCUACGUGGCAGGAUACUUAGCUUUUCGAGAGGCCCCUUUCCUGGUGGAAGCUGCUCAGAGACUUCAGGAGCGAGAGCCUGGGCUCAGGCCUCAGGUGCUGCUCGUAGAUGGGAAUGGCGUACUCCAUCACAGAGGGUUUGGUGUGGCCUGCCACCUGGGGGUGCUGACGGGCCUGCCCUGUAUUGGUGUGGCCAAAAACCUCCUGCAGGUCGAUGGCCUGGCCAAGGAUGAGCAGCACAAGGGGCAGAUCCGCGACCUGCAGAUGGGAGGAGACGUAUUCCCUCUGAGGGGCACCUCUGGGAGAGUCCUGGGCAUGGCCCUGCGCAGCUACAACAAGAGCACGAAGCCCAUCUAUGUCUCCGUGGGCCACAGGACGUGCCUAGAGUCGGCAGUGCGCCUGGUCCAGUCCUGCUGUAGGUACCGGAUCCCAGAGCCCAUCCGACAGGCUGACAUCAGAUCCAGAGAGUACAUCCGGAAGCACCUGUCCUCCCCACUGGGGGGCACGUCUCCUGGGCCAGGGAGGAAGGAAGAGGCUGAGCCCAAGCAUUAAUUUGGCCCCAGGAAGACACUGCCCAGCCCCAGUGUGAACUUGAGCCUUCCACCCCCUCUGGGACCAGAGCUCCGAGAAGUCUCUACAGGGCACCAUGACUGACCGUCCACGCCAGGAAUUCAGGGUACUUCAUGGGGUGAAACGCCAGGAUGACCAGAGAUAAGCCAGGAGACGGCUUCCCCCUGGGCUCUGCUAAUGGGGCAGGAGCCCCAGUCUUUGAUAGUCUGUAAAUUCUAGAGAAUGUUUUAUAUUCCAAUUUUGAAAACACACGCUGUAAAAAUAAAUUCUCCCCAGCACUCGUAC